GCUGACCUGGCAGAGUGGCAGCGCAGUCCGCUCCCGCGCCGCUUUGUGCGCGCAGCCGCUGGUCCCUCCGCUCCCGGGUCUGCCCCCCGGGACGCCACCCUGCCCCGCCCCAGUCAUGCAACUCUACCUGCUCCUCCACUGUGGACCUUUGGAAAGCAGCCGCUCACCCCGGGGGCUCGGGCCCUGACCGCGCCGGGGAGUGCUUAGGUGUCCGCCCAGGGCCCGCCUGCUACUCUCGCACCCGCCGGGACACCGGGCUACGAAGUUGUGGGGACCAGCGCGAGUUGGAAAGUUUGCCCGAGGGCUGGUGCAAGCUUGGAGCUGGGGGAACACGCGCUGCCCUCUGAGCUUGAGCGGGCCAGUGACCAAAACCUUGUGCAAGUGAGCUGAACCAUGGUGCAUCCACAUUCUCCUCAAAAGUGAGACUUUCCAAAGGACCAAUGACUCUGUUCCCCAUGCCCUUUCAUUUUUUCCUACUCCGUAGCUAUGUCUCGAUCCCGCCAUGCAAGACCUUCCAGAUUAGUCAGGAAGGAAGAUCUAAACAAAAAGAAAAACAGUCACCUGAAGAAGGCAUCCAAACCAGCAAACAAAAAUGUGGCAUCAGUCAAGACAAUGAGCCCUGGAAAAUUAAAGCAAUUAAUUCAAGAAAGAGAUGUUAAGAAAAAAACAGAACCCAAACCACCUAUGCCAGUCAGAAGCCUUCUGACAAGAGCUGGAGCAGCACGAAUGAAUUUGGAGAGGACUGAGGUUCUUUUUCAGAACCCAGAGUCCUUAACUUGCAAUGGGUUUACAAUGGCUCUCCGAAGCACCUCUCUUAGCAGGCGACUCUCCCAACCCCCAGUGGUCAUAGCCAAACCUAAGAAAGUCCCACCACCUAAGAAUUUAGAAAAGCAACAUGAGUCUAAUUAUAAGGUACUUACUAACAUGGGAGUAAAGCACUCAGAAAAUGACUCUGUCUCAAUGCAAGACCCCCUAAUCCCUCCUGAUAUAGAGAAUCUAAUUGGCAAACAAAAUUCAUCUUCAAUUAAAAGUGACAGCCAAGGGACAACCCAGUCUUGGUCCCAAAGCAUAGAGGAUUCCAAAAUAAAUAUUCCUAUUCACAGUGGCCCUGCAGCAGAGAUCCUUUCUGGGUCAUUGGAAGGGACUCGUGGUGGUGAAGGACUAUUCUCUAAAGAGACAUUAAAUGAUAUCAGUAAUUCCCCUAGAAUGUUUGCUCAGGACACUCUGUGUGCUCCAUUGCUCCAAAGAGCAGCCCUCAAGGUUGCCUCUGAAGGAAACCCCAGCAUUCAGUUAGAAGAUUUGGGUUCACGAGUAGAAUCUCUUAAGCUAUCUGAUUCUUACCUGGAGCCCGUUAAAAGUGACCAUGAUCACUGCCCCACCUCCAGCUUUAAUAAGGUUAUACCUGAAUUGGACCUUAGAAACUAUUUGUCUAUUGGUGGGUCAAUAUAUCCUACCUCAUUAGUAAAACUCCUCUUGGCAGGCUCAGAACAGGAAACCCUUGGUGCUAAACCACAUCAUCCAGAGGUACUCAAAGCUACUCCAGGUCAACAGGAAGUUCCUGACACCACCCCUGUCCUUGGACAGCUCUUUAGUGCUGUCCCACAUAAAUGGACAGUUCCUGGUGCUAAUCCAGUUAACAGAGAGGCUCUGGGGGAGACCCCAGACCCACCAGAGUUUCCUGGUGCUACUUCAGUCCAAGGAGAGGUCUUGGGUGCUAUCCUAAAUCAACAGAUCCUUGGUGUGGCUGGUGGUACUGCCUCAGACACACCUAUCUUUCUUCCUGCUUCCCUAAACCCAAUUGCUACCUAUAAUGUUCUUCCAGAGUGGCCUGAUCCCCAGAGCACUGUUUCAUAUGGGCUUGAGGCCCAAGGCGCUAUGCAGAUUUUGCUUCUGGGCUCAGGUCAUACUCCUCAACCAUCAUCAAACUCAGAGAUAAGUUCGGUACCUCCAGUAAUGGCUAUACGCAAUAUAAAAAAUGAGAAGCAGUUUCAUAUAAGCUUUCCGCCAGAUAACACUCAGGGGGUCACGUUAGCCCCUGAGAGAGAACGCUGCCAUGUUUCACAGGGCAUUGCCCAGCACUUCCAGGCUGGUCCCAGCAGAUCGGAAGAAGGGAGCUCUCAGAUCAAUACCACAGCACUGUCUAGGCCGGUGUCACUUGCCAGUACCUCCUCUUCCUACAAAACUUUGCUGCCUACUUUGGAAAAGAAGAAACGAAAGCGAUGUGGAGUCUGUGAGCCCUGCCAGCAGAAGACCAAUUGUGGUGAAUGUACUUACUGCAAGAACCGAAAGAACAGCCACCAGAUCUGUAAGAAGAGGAAAUGUGAGGAACUGAAAAAAAAACCAUCCGCCAUGGUGCGUUUGGAGGUUAUAAAGGAAAACAAGAGGCCCCAGAGGGAAAAGAAGCCCAAAGUUUUAAAGGCAGAUUUUGACAAAAAACCAGUAAAUGGCCCCAAGUCAGAAUCCAUGGAAUACAGUAGAUGUGGUCAUGGGGAAGAACAAAGAUUGGAAUUGAACCCACAACCCCUUGAAAAUGUAACUAGAAAUGAAGAAAGUAUGACAGGUAUUGAAGUGGAGAAGUGGACGCAAAACAAGAAAUCACAUUUAAAUGAUCAUGUCAAAGGAGAGGUUAAGGCAACUGUGACAGAAGCUGAAAAGUUGAUAAACACUGAAGAUGACAGGAAAAAAGUCCUACUUACUGAUCUCCUUGAACCUCAAAAAUUGUUUGCACCAACUGUAAGAAACGGCAUUAAAAAUGUACACUAUUUACCAACUGAAACAAAUGUGUCUUUUAAAAAAUUCAACAUUGAAGAAUUUGGCAAGGCGUUUGGAAACAAUUCUUAUAAACUCCUGAAAGACACUGCAAACCAUAAAAAUGCCAUGAGCUCCAUUGCUACUAGUGUAAGCUGUGACCAUCUUAAGGGGAAAAGUAAUGUUUUAGUCUUCCAGAAGCCUGGCUUUAACUGCAAGUCUUUUCCAGAUCCUGCCAACUUAAACUUAAAUAGUCAUACUAAUACACCCAAUGAGAGUGAUCAACCAAAAUCUCUAGAAAAUAUACCAAGUAAAGAACCAAAAGAUGGAUCUCCAGUUCAACCAAGUCUUCUAUCCUUAAUGAGAGAUAGGAGGUUAACACUGGAGCAAGUGGUAGCUAUAGAAGCCUUGACUCAGCUUUCAGAAGCCCCUUCGGAAAAUUCGUCACCAUCAAAGUCAGAGAAGGAUGAAGACACAGAGCAGAGGACAGCUAGUUUACUUAAUAGCUGUAAAGCUAUCCUCUAUUCUGUAAGAAAAGACCUCCAAGAACCAAAUUUACAAAGGGAGCCACAAAGCAUUCAUCACUGUCCAUCUUUGGAAAAGCAAAGUGCAUGCAACACGGUGGUGUUCAAUGGCCAAAAUAUCAUUUCUAAGUCACACGACAGCUCAGCUGCUAUCCAAGCAUCCACAAAGUCACCGGAAUCUUCCAAAGUCAAAAAUUCAAUAUCUGUGUAUACAUCAAAUUCAAGUUCAUCUAAAAUUGACACCAAUAAAAAUGUUGCUCAAGGCAAAAUUACUCUUGACAGUUCCAAGAAUUUGCAUCAGUUGCCACCGACAAAUAACAAAUUGGGGUAUUGUAACCAGUCUCUGGGCAGCAGUAAAAAGUUGGAGUCAAAGGAUGACCUAUCAUGUCAAGAUACAGUUCAUAGUAAAAUAGAGGAGGAUGUUGCAACACAGUUAACACAACUUGCAUCAAUAAUUAAAUUCAAUUAUAUGAAACCAGAUGAAAAAAAGAUUGAAAGUACACCAACAAACCUUGUUGCACAUAACAUGCAGCAAAAACACAGUCAGGAAAAGGGCACAAUACAACAGAAACCACCUUCCAGUGUACAAAAUAAUCAUGGCUCAUCAUUAACCAAGCAAAAGAACACAACCCAGAAGAAGACAAAAUCUACCCCAUCAAGAGACCGGCGGAAAAAGAAGCCUGCAGUCAUAAGUUGUCAAGAAAAUGAGCAGAAAAAGCAGGAACAGUUGUCAUAUGAGUAUAGUAAGUUACAUGACAUUUGGAUAGCAUCUAAAUUUCAAAGAUUUGGUCAAUUUGGUCCACAUAAUUUUCCUAUUCUGUUGGGGAAAAUUCCUCCAAUAACCAAAGUAUGGAAACCACUGACUCAAACAAGUUCAGCAUUAGAACAUAAGAAACUAUUUCCUCCACUUACUCAGAUAAAAUUUGAGCGAUAUUAUCCUGAGUUAGCACAGGAAAAAGUGAUGAAGGUUGAUCUAUUUGAUUCUCUCCCCAUAUCGCAGUUCAAAACAGAAUCCAAUGGGCAGGCAUUUACAGGAAAAGUUUAUAAUUCUCAGGUACAGCCAACAGUGAAUGUCAAUCAGAAAGCUCAUCCUUUACUCCAACCCUCCUCUCCAACUAACCAGUGUGCUAAUGCGAUAGCUGACAAUGACCAAACACAGUUCCACCAGGAUGUGAAAGACCAACUCAUGCAUCAGAGACUGCCAACGUUGCCUGGGAUCUCUCCUGAGACCCCCUUACCAGACCCAGCACAAAUUCUUAGGAAUGUAGAUGUUGUCUAUUCAGGUGGAAUUACAGUGGUUUCUACCAAGAGUGAAGAGGACGGCUGUUUAUCUAAUGUUCGAGCAUCCGAAUUUUCCCCAGUAAACAAUGCACACAAAAGUUUUAAUGAUUAUGCCAUGAACUUCUUUACUAAUCCUACAAAAAACCUGGUGUCCACAACAAAAGAUUCUGAACUGCCAACCUGCAACUGUCUUGAUCGAGUUAUACAAAAAGACAAAGGCCCAUAUUAUACACACCUUGGGGCAGGACCAAGUGUUGCUGCUGUCAGGGAAAUCAUGGAGAAUAGGUAUGGACAAAAAGGGAACGCAGUAAGGAUAGAAAUAGUAGUGUAUACGGGGAAAGAAGGAAAAAGCUCUCACGGAUGUCCAAUCGCAAAGUGGGUUUUAAGAAGAAGCAGCGAUGAAGAAAAAGUUCUUUGUUUGGUUCGGCAGCGUACAGGCCACCGUUGUCCAACAGCCGUGAUGGUGGUGCUCAUCAUGGUGUGGGAUGGCAUCCCUCUUCCAAUGGCAGACAGAUUGUACACGGAGCUUACCGAAAGUCUGAAGUCAUACAAUGGUCAUCCCACAGACCGAAGAUGCACUCUCAAUGAAAAUCGUACCUGUACAUGUCAAGGAAUUGAUCCAGAGACUUGCGGAGCUUCAUUCUCUUUUGGCUGUUCAUGGAGUAUGUAUUUCAAUGGCUGCAAAUUUGGUAGAAGCCCAAGCCCUAGAAGAUUUAGAAUUGAUCCAAGCUCUCCCUUACAUAGCUACUAUGAAAGAAUUACUAAAGGACGUAAUCCAGAAAGAAGAUAUGUGAAACCGGAAGCAAUCUGUCCGGGACACGAGGCCAUGGAAAAAAAUCUGGAAGAUAAUUUACAGAGUCUGGCUACACAAUUAGCUCCAGUUUAUAAGCAGUAUGCUCCGGUUGCUUACCAGAACCAGGUGGAAUAUGAACAUGUUGCCCGAGAAUGUCGGCUUGGCAGCAAAGAAGGCCGUCCUUUCUCUGGGGUCACUGCUUGCCUAGACUUCUGUGCCCAUCCCCACAGGGACAUUCACAACAUGAAUAACGGAAGCACUGUGGUUUGUACUUUAACACGAGAAGAUAACCGCUUGUUGGGUGUUAUUCCACAAGAUGAGCAGCUGCAUGUGCUACCACUUUAUAAGCUUUCAGACACCGAUGAGUUUGGCUCAAGGGAAGGAAUAGAAGCCAAGAUCAGAUCCGGAGCCAUUGAAGUCCUCACACCCUGCCACAAAAAAAGAACCCGUUUUACUCAGCCAGUUCCUCGUUCUGGGAAGAAGAGAGCAGCAAUGAUGACAGAGGUUCUCGCUCAUAAGAUAAGGGCUAUGGAGAAGAAAUUCAUCCCUCGAGUCAAGCGGAAGAAUAACUCAACAAUGACAAACAGCAGUAAGGCUUCGUUGCUGCCACUUUUAGGGAAUAGAACUGAGACCUUGCAACCUGAAAUAAAAAGUGAAUCUGAACCCAGUUUUAUCUUCAGAGGCGCAGACAACACUAAAACCUAUUCACUGACCCCAUCUAUUCCUCACCCAGUGAAGGAGGCAAACUUGUCUCCAGGCUUCUCCUGGUCCCCUAAGACCGCUUCGACCACAACAUCUCCUUUUAAGAACGAUGCAUCAGUUUCGUACGGGUUUUCAGAAAGAAGUAGCAAUCCCCACUGCACAACGCCUUCUGCAAGACACAGUGGUGCUAAUGCUGCUGCUGGGGAAUGCACUGGAAUCACACCACCUGGGGAAGUGGGUCCUCUUCCCACCUUGUCUACUCCCAUGCCAGAUGCCCUCAUGUAUCCUGAGCCUCCCACUUGUCCAUCUGAGCAGCUAAAUUCUCACCAGCCAAACCAGCAGACCCCAUUCAUCACCUCUCCUCCUGACCUUGCUUCCUCUCUGAUGGAAGAAGAUGAGCAGCAUUCUGAAGCAGAUGAGCCUCUAUCUGAUGACCCCUUGUCAGACGACCUCCUGUCUCCUGCUGAGGAGAAAUUACCCCACAUUGAUGAGUAUUGGUCAGACAGUGAGCACAUCUUCUUGGAUGCCAAUAUCGGUGGGGUGGCGAUAGCGCCCGCUCAUGGCUCCGUGUUGAUUGAGUGUGCCCGGCGAGAGCUUCACGCUACGACUCCUGUCGAACACCCAAACCGGAAUCAUCCUACACGCCUCUCCCUUGUCUUCUACCAGCACAAAAACCUGAAUAAGCCCCAACAUGGCUUUGAACUAAACAAGAUUAAAUUCGAGGCUAAAGAAGCUAAGAAUAAGAAAACCAAGGCCUCAGAGCAGAAAGAUCAGGCAGCUAAUGAGGGUACUGAACUGUCCCCUGAAAUUAAUGAAUUGAACCAAAUUCCUUCUCAUAAAGCAUUAACAUUAACCCAUGACAAUGUUGUCACCGUGUCCCCUUAUGCUCUCACACAUGUUGCGGGGCCCUAUAACCAUUGGGUCUGAAAGCUUUUCUCCCCUUCUAAAUGCCUUUGCUAGUGCAGUGUAUUUUUUCAAGGUGCUGUUAAAAGAAAGUCAUGUUGUCGUUUACUAUAUCUUCAUCUCACCCAUAUGAAGGCUGAGGUUAAAAAAAAAAUAGGGUGGGUAUUUCUUAACUGUGACUAUAUUUUGACAAUUGGUAGAAGGUGCACAUUUUAAGCAAAAAUAAAAGUUUUAUAGUUUUAAAUAUAUAAAGAAAUGUUUUGGUUAGGUGUUAACCUUGAUAGAAUCACUCAGUUUGGUGCUUUAAAUUAAGUCUGUUUACCAUGAAACAAGAGUCAUUUUUAGAGGAUUUUAACAGGUCAUGUGCUAUGAUGUAAAAUCAAGAUACACAGUGUUAACUCUACACAGCUCCUGGUGCUUACCCACAUCGACACAGUUAAAGAUAAGCUGAAUUAUUAUUUCAUGGUGCCAUUGUUCCAACAUCUUCCAAUCAUUGCUAGAAAUUUGACGUAUUCCUUUGAAACAAACCAAUGAAAUGUUUUCUCUCUUAAAAUAUCUCUCCGGUAUAACAUAAUUCAUUAUUGUUAGUAAUGGUUGGAGGCUGUUCAUAGAUUGUAAAUAUAUAUUUUAAAAGCACUUUCUAUUUUUAAAAGUAACUUGAAAUAGUAUAGUAUAAGAUUCCUAUUGUCUAUUGUUUGUGCAUAUUUGCAUACAAGAGAAAUCAUUUAUUCUUGCUGUGUAGAGUUCCAUCUUGUUAACUGCAAUAUGUACUCUAAUCAUGUAUAUGGUUUGUUUUUUUAAUGUGUCCUUUCUUGUUCAAAUAUUAGCUACUUAAAUAGAUCAUGCAAAAAUUGUUAGUUAUCUCUAAAAUUGGAAUUUGGAAGCAUAUCAUCAAUAUUGAUUAACAUUUUUGGGGGGACUAAGUAAGAGUGGUCUGUUCCGAUUUAUGGAGCUACAGUGCCCACACCUUACUUUAACCCUAGCUUUCUCAAUAUAAUCCAUGAAAGAUGUUUCCGAAAGGAGAUGGCACAUAAUAGGAUUCAGAAGAGUCAAAUGCUUCUAAAGUUUCAAGGUGAUAAAAUUUAAAAAUUAAGUAGUAAGAACCCUACCCAUCCCAAAUUGCCUUAUUCUGAAAGUUGUUCUGGUACAGAAUUAGAAUAAAAUUCCUGUAUAAAUAUUUUGAAAACAAAUUUCCCUAUCAUCAUCGUUUCCCCACAACAUCCCAAACAAACAGUAGGAAUGGUGUUGCAAGUAUGGUUCUGUCCAUUAAGAGCUAAUCCAAAGUAGUGUAAGGAUAUUAGUUUUGUGAAAAUGAUAAUUCAUCCCUGGUAAUUACCUGUGUUCUAACUAAUGGGAAAAUAGGGAUUCCAUUUAUUUUAGUCCUCCCAUUAUUUUUACCUAUUACUUUCUUGAAUCAUAGCAAAACAGAAGGAAUUGCCCAAACCAAACAUUUAGAACAAGAAGAAAUUUCAAUUAAAUACUUGAUUCUGCUAAAAUGUAGAGGUGCUAUCACAUUCAAAGUGUCAGAUUCCUUGGGAGUAUAGAAAACCUAAUGGUGCUUCUCCCUUGGAAAUGCCAUAGGAAUCCCACAACCGCUAACACUCAAAAUUUUGGUGCAAAAGCAUACAGUUCCAGCAAAGCUUAAAGAAAAACUCAUUAUAACUUAUAUUAAAAUAAUAUAUGGUGCAAAGUAUCAGUUUCAAGCUUUUGACUAAUCCAAGUAAAGGAAUAUGAAGGGACUGUAAAUAACAAAAUGUCCAUUGAUAGACCAUCAUCUUGUAUAAGUAGUUUUCUGCUUUUGAAUAUGUAAAAUUGGAUAAUUCAUUGACUUGUUUUAGUAUUUUGUGUGCCUUAGAUUUGUUUUAAAACAUGUAUAUUUUUGUGAGCCUAAGGUUUCUUAUACAUAUAAGUAUAUAAAUAAGUGAUUGUUUAUCAUUUCCGCUGCUUAAAUAAGAUAUUUACUAGUAUUAGACUAUCAGGAAUACAACCUUGUGAUAUUUCGUUUUAGAUUUUAGGCCUUAGCUCCCACUAGAAAUUAUUUCCUCACCAGAUUUAAUGGAUAAAGCUUUAAGACCCUUUAUCCAUCCACCCAUCUAUCCAUUCUUUCAUUCAACACUUAUUGAAUGUCUGCAAAAUUUAAGUAUUAGCAUUUGUUUUUCUUUGAAUCAUCACCUAUGACAUAGUAACUUGAAGAAUUAAAAUCCUAGAAAGUACUCUCACACAUAUUUUUCAAGAAAUAGCAAAUUUCCUUCAAAACAAACUACUAUAUGAUAAAUCUUCAGCAAUUGAAAUCAGUUUCAGUAACUUUAGAAAAGUUCUGUAACAAUCUAAACUUGAAGCACCAAUGUUGACUAAGGGGAAUAUUGGGAUUUGUAAAGUUAGUUGCAGUUUACCAAAACAAGUACAUGAAAAUAUUCAGUCUCAACUAAAAUGUUUCCACUCAGUUAUUAAAAUUAACACCAUGAGUGGCCUGCUCAACUGACAACCCCACGGUGGGAACCACAUGAUUCCUGCUUUGUUGGACUCUAUUUCAUAAGUUUAACAAUUUACCAUCCCAUGGUCUGCCCUGUAAUUUUUUCAAAGCUCGUGCUUAUUUAAUGUUCAGCAUUGGGAUUGUAUGCUGGCUACACUGCUGUUAGAAUGCUCUUUCUCAUGAAGCAAGAAAAUAAAUUGUUUGAAAUGACAUUUUCGCUCAGAAAACUGGUCAUCUAACAUUAUUUCUAUACCUCUAUUAUGUUUUCCUGUAAUGAUCACCUCAUUUGUAGUACUCAAAUUGGGUUUUCAGUCUUUUGCCUUUGUUCAUGGUAUAACUGAAUUCACUGAUACAUAACUCUUAAGUUAGCCCAACCUAGUCAUAAUAUGUUACAAACUUAACUAUGAUGAGAAAAUAACUCCUGCGUAUCAUAGAAUCCUACAAAAUAUCACGCUGCCCUUCAAAAUUGCAUUUCUAAUGGCUCCCAGGCCAUCACUGAAAUGUUUUUCCUUGUGCUUGUCAGCCUCACAUCUUUCCAAUUCAUCCACAAAAUACCAAAUAUGUCAUCAACCUAACUGAAAUAUAUUACUAUUGGAAAGUCAGCCUAGCUGAAAAUGUAGCUAUAGCUAAAUUUUUGCAACAUAUUAGCAAAAUGUUUGCAUCUUAAAUAACCUUCCAACAUCUUUAUGCAAUCUGCAUGUGGAUGAAAUAAUUUCAUUUGUUAAAUAUAGAAUUUUAACUAGAUUAGAUUCAUAAGCAAUUUACUUAAGACAUAACCCCAAUACAUGCUUAAUUGAAUGCAUACCCUUGUGUAAAUGAGAUACUGACUUAAUUCAUAUGAAGUAACCUACUUUCUAAUGUUAUUGCUUCCAUGGACUUCUGAUUAUCAUUGAUUUCACAAUCGCAUGUAUGAAAAUAACCCCAAACCAUUUAAGUUUAAUCUUUGAAAAACAAAUUAUCUUGAGAUCUUUUAUCUGGGAUAACUUUUGACAUUGCAUGACAACUUCCACUGAUAGUGGGCACAGCAUUUCUUCAAAUGUGCCGUGUAAGUCAGUAGCUGUAUGUGACCUGUAAUAUAUAGCUACUUUCUAUUUCACAACUUUUUAAUGCAUGGAAAUCUUUUUAUUUGUCUAGAUUUAAUACAAAUGUGAGUUUUGAUCUUUUGUAGAAAUUUAUGACAAGAAUUGUGAAAUAAGUUAAUAUGGUUGUGACUUCUCCCAUCACUGAAAGACACCCUAGAAGUCAUAUAAUUGAACACUGAGGCCCAAAGAGCACAAAGAUUGUAAUGUCAAUGUAUAAUUAUUUUUGUAAUUAGAAUUUGAAGAGUCAAAUGAAGGCCACUUCGUGGUUAGGGCUGUAGGAAAACAAACUUGAUCACCCAUGAGGUAUUUUAUCACUGGGAAAUAACCGUAUUUUGGUACAAGUCAAAAGUAAAACGGCUUUGGGUUUUUUUCUGAGGUUCAGGAAAAGAUUUUGGGUGAAAUAAUUGGGGAAAGUAUAUUUCCAUUGUAUAUACUACCUAGCCAUGGUUGUACAGUCUAGUCACAUGUCUUGCCUAGUUGGCUUCAUGUCCCAGCAUAGUUUAUUUUGAUGUGGCUGUUUACAUGUAUGAGAAUACUGUUCCGUUGUGUACAGCUACUAAACUUGCCCUUAAGUGUACUAAACUUGUAACUUUGACAUCAGUAGUAUGGUACACUUAACAAGUGAUGUAAUCAGUGCCCUGAUUCCUGAAAGAGUGGAUUUACGCAAAUCAAAUUAUACUCCAUGUUGAGUUUUUUUCUAACAGGUUUUGGAAUUGACGCCAUACAUGGCUUUGGAAUGCAAUUCAGAAAUAAUCAGUACAUUCUUAAUCAGGAGCUGGAUUUGUGUUUUCUUAGAUUCAUUGGCUUUUUUUUCCCUUUUAUGUAUAAAAUAGAGACUAAGUUCCUCUGUUAUUAAUAAUUUUGGAGAUGGUAAAACUGGAUUGUAUCCAGGACACCACUCUUUUGUCUGCAUUGAACUCUAUAAACCUUAAUUCUCUACAUUCCGGUAUCUGGAUGAAUUUUUUUCAAUCUGUUUCUUAUGGUCACCCAACCAAAUACCAUUGUUUGCUUCAAAAGACAUUUAUUUUAUUCCUUCAGGUAAUUCAAAGGUUUUACUUAUUUUGCCACUCCUAAUUUUUCUUUAAGUGUCCCACAAUUUGUUUCUCUUUUGGUAGUAUACAAUUUUUAAUACUUCUAGAUUUAAAAGUCUAACAUUAAUCUUUGUUGGCUGUACUCCAUUCCCAUCCUAACUGAUAACCAAGAUCCUGCGUGAGUCACAAGUUUUCUUCUAGUUUGUUUAACCAUAGAUAUCCUCUAAAUUACAACAAAAUGUAGUCUAAAGUAGGAAUGUUAUUAUUAGAUGUUAAUCAUAUUAGCUGAUUUAACCCAUCCAUGUUUAAGUGUAACUUAAGAAACCCUUGGUUAACAAUAUAAACCCAGUUUUCCUAAAAAUAGAAAUUUUGUCACUAGCUGCUAUUAUGAAGAGCAUCCCUGUCUUGUUCAUCAGAAUAAAAUCUUGCAGCUGUCAGAAACAUUUGCAUUUUUGGAGAAAUAAUAUUAGAAAAGAAUUUGGUUUCUUCUCCAUUUGGCAAGGUAUAAACUUCUAACCUGACCAGAAACUCUGCUUUUCGUUAUUUUUCUUUUCUCCUUUUACUAAAGGCACAAUACCACUAACUGUGCUUUCACUCUUUUUAAAGUUUUUAUCGUCUCCUCUGAUUUUAUUUAAAACUCUAUUGCUUCCCCUGUCUCUGUUCUCUCCAUUCUUCAGGUUUCCUACACAAAAACACAUGGUUCAUUUUAAGAAUAACAGUGAUCUUGGUCAUUUGUCUUUUAAAAUUGUAUUUCUCAUCCUUUUUGGAAUAAUAUUGAAAGGAAUCAAGAGCUUUUAUUCAGCCCUUUUCAUUUAGAGGCAAAUUCAGUUUUCAGGAAUGGAUAUGAUCACAAGGCCAUAGGUUAGGACCCAGUGCUCCCUUUACCCAUUCCAACAAUGUUUGGCUCGGUUCAUUUAUUAGUGUUUGAGUGUUUUACAAAAACUUGUAUAAGAAGUAUCCUAUCACUACUUCUAUAUGACUGCUAUUUCUGUAUAAUGCAUCAUACUAAUUAUAAAUUGUCUGACCACUGACUUUCAUAGUAAUGAGUCUGAUCUAUAGAACAGACUAUAUAUAUAUAUAUUUAUUUUUUUUUUGCAUCUUUUUCUCCUUAUCUCCCAGUCCAAUUUUGUGGAUGGUAUCUAUUUUCAAAUGCAAAUUUACUCCUUUGGAAUUUGGUUUUGGCAAUAAUAGGAACUAUCUAUAACCUGGGUGAGAUAGGUUAGAAAAUGAACUGAAAGUAAUUGGAAGAGUUCUUCAAGAUGGGAUAAGUCAGUCCUCAGAAGCUCUUUCAAGCACAAUAGUGGGGGAGCUAAGAGGCAGAAAUGAGGGAGAAUCGUGUUCCUCUCAGCGACCUGCAGGUUCACUCUACCAGUUCAACACCACGAAAUACUUUUAAUGUUUCUUCUUCCCACUCCAUACCGUUUUAUCUGAAAAAAAGCAAAUAUGAUAACAAGGCAAAUUAUAAAUAAUCCUUGCACUUUGUAAUGUUUUAAGUUAUCAAACUGCUUUACUAUGUGCAAGGUUUUUUUUUCUCCAGCACUGAGGAUUGGACAGAGAAUGUUCCUAUCCUACUGGUGAGGAACCUGCAGGUUGGCAAAAAUAUCACAGGGCUUGUUCCAAGUCACACAGCAAGUCAACGCAGCUGAGAUUAAAACAUUAACUAGCAGCAGACUGCUAAAUGCAUUUCUGCACCAUAAACUAUAACUUAGAGUGUUUACUGAUUGGAAACUUUGUCAGCCCUGAUCUAAGGACAAUAUAAAACUUACUUCUUGCAUGCAAAACAUGCUUCUGAAGUAUUUUACUUCCACUGUUGAUUUAGCCAGCUAUUUUCUUAAGCAUACUGUAGAAGUUCUCCCAAAUUCCCAAGACUUUUCUGCAUUAGGGAUUAGAUUAAUGACGUGGGUUUUUUUCCCCGUAAAAAAUUUUUAAUAAAGAUCCUGUACUAAAACAGGGAAACCUCCUAAGUAGUAAUGUUUUUAAAAUACUCUUGAAGACUAAGGUCAGCAACUCAUAAAAUUAAAUGUAUUUACUUUAUUGAAAUGCAGGUAAAAGAAAUGCAGGUUACUUGGAAUGUGCUGGGUAAACUGACUAUUUUAAUUCCCAGGCACUCAUAGUAAAAAUUUAAAAUUGUCAGCAUCUCUUAAGAGAUAGUAUUGCCUCCUACUUAUUUGUAUUUGUUUUGUUUUGGGAUUUUUUCCUACCUUUUUCAGCCACAUACAGUCUCCGGGUCAAAGGUUAAAUUUACCUUUACCCAGAGAAUUAAGAAAAAUAAGAUGUAUUUGUAAAAUUUUUAGUAAGCUAUUUAUAGAUAUAAAAAGGUAAGAUAUUUUGGCUACUCUAUCAGUACAUUAUGGGUUACUAAUGAAAAACCCAGGCCAAAUUGCCCUAAAUAGUCAAAUUCCACUUUUGGUGACUCAGUUCAGUAACUGCCUAUCCCUAUUAAUGCCUGUUUGUGAUAUAAAAUGGCUGACGACAUAGGACUUUACAGAGGCAGCUCUUAAGAAAAUAGAUUAAAUAUUUUUUAUCGCUAUGUGUGGUCAUAUUUUUUUUUAAUUUUUAUGAGAUAACGUUGUGAUAGGUGCUUUAAGAGAAAUAUUUUUCCAGAAAUGGUUUUAUAGUAAAAAGAAAGGGCAGCUUUUGCAUUGUGACAUAUGGGUGGAUGGUCAUCUUUGGGUUACUAAGAAAUGAAGUGUUCCCUAAAGAGAAACUUGUAAAACUACUUAACAGUAAGAAAAGCAUUAAUUUCUAGUUUCUUCACUUUAUAUGGUGACCUACCAGUAGAUUCUUGUGCUUAUCAAUAACUUGGUUCCAAUAACUAACUUCUUCCAAGGAGAAAACCGAGUGCUUAUCAUUAGUGGGAGUAAAAUACUCACAAAUCCUUCACCAUGGUGAACUAGAGUAGUACUGAAUUCCCAAUCGAGAAAUAAUUGAUUUCAGAAGUUAAUAUUCUUGUUUCUAGUUGAUUUUUUUCUCUCUUUGGCAUGUAUUUACUAUUUAUUUUAUAUCUUUAAUUUUUUGCUUUGGGGGACUUUUACUUACUGCGGUCCUACUGUAUUUAAAAAUCCCAUACAAUGAAACGUUAGUAAGGAAAAGAUUUUAAAACUCCACAAGUAUCCAUUUUUGGUUAACAUAUGGGGAAAA